AUAUUUUAUAAUUUUUCAUAAUUUAAGUGUUGAGACAAGAUUUAAUUAUCUGGAUUCUGAAAGACUGAAACCGGAACCAUGGAGGCAAGGUGUGUAAGGAAGAAAGAGAAGGAAAAGAAAAAGCAUCGGAAAGUAGUAAAGUAGAAAGAGAAUUUAUUACGUAGAGAGAGAGAAGUAAAUGUGCUUUCUCUCUCCUCUUCCAUUCUUUAUUUCCCUCUCCCCUCUCUUCACACACUCACAUUCUCUCCGUUGAGUAUAGCACAGCGCUCUCUCUCUCUCUAAAAUACGCAGCGAAUUAGCUCACACAUUGUGCAAUGCAAUGUUGCCGGCGUAGUUCACUAACAUGAGCGGGGGGUGCACAGCAUUAUUAAUCACUUACUUAUGAAUACCACUUCUGCAGACCCAACAGCGCCACCGCCUCCGCCACCGCAGCAGCAGCCGCCGCGGUCCUCGUUCAGCUGUGACCGCCACCCCACCGAGCAGUUCACCGGAUUCUGCCCCUCCUGCCUCUGCGAGCGCCUCACCACUCUAGAUCACUCCUCCUCCAACACCCCUUCGUCCUCCCGCCGCCCCUCCUCCGCCUCCGCCGCCGCCGCUGCAGCUAUCAAAUCCCUCUUCUCCUCCGCCCCCAAAGCCAGCAACUUCCCCCCUCCUCCGCCGCUCCCGAAACCCUCGAAAUCCGCCACAUUUAUCCCCGAGCUUCGUCGCACAAAAUCAUUCUCCGCUUCCAAAAACGAAGCUCUAGGGCUAUCGUUUGAGCCGCAGAGAAAAUCCUGCGACGUUAGAGUGAGAAACACUCUCUGCACCCUAUUCUCGCUCGACGAAGAGAGUAAAAGCGGCACCAAUAACAAUAAACCAGCUCUUGCUUCUUCUUCUUCCUCUAAUCAAAACCACCUGCAGAGCAAAAAAACCGAAUCCUGCGCCGAUUUUGGGGAAAUCGAAAAUGAGGAGGAUUGUUGGGAGCAGCCAAUUGUAGAGGAUAGUAUCGCAUUCGUGGAUGAGGAAGGAGAUGAAAUUAGGCCUGUUCAAGAUUCCCAUUUGGAGGGUUUGAGAAAAUCGGUCGAGUUAAAGUUAACCAGCGGUGAAAUCGUGGAAGAAGAAACGUUUAGUUCGAGUAAUCCGAAGCCGAUGAAGGAUCACAUAGAUCUCAGUUCUCAGGAAAAGAAGAGUUCUGGAGGGAAAAUCUGGGCCGCGGCGUCAGUUUUCAGCAAGAAAUGGAAUAAUUGGAGGAGGAAGCAGAAGGUGAAGAAGCAGAGCAAUGGCGAAAACCUAGCUACAUUGCCCGUAGAAAAGCCUAUCUCGAGGCAGUUUAGGGAGACUCAGUCUGAGAUUGCUGAUUACGGAUUUGGGAGGAGGUCCUGCGACACCGAUCCUAGGUUUUCGCUCGAUGCCGGAAGGAUGAGCUUUGACGAUGCACGAUACUCGUUUGACGAGCCUCGUGCAUCUUGGGAUGGCUAUCUGAUUGGGAGGAGUUUCCCAAGAAUGGCGCCUAUGGUCUCUGUAAUGGAGGAUGCACCAGCUGCCGUGUCGCGCACUGAUAUGCAGAUUCCAGUGGAGGAGCCGGCAAGCGAUGAAGGUGUGCCGGGAGGGUCAUCGCAGACGAGGGAGUACUAUUUAGAUUCUUCCUCCUCGUCGAGGAGGAGGAAGAGUCUUGAUAGGUCUAGCUCGAUUAGGAAGGCUGCAGCUGCUGAGAUUGAUGAGCUCAAGAUCCCUUCCAACGCCAAGGUUUCGCCCGCCACUGCUGACUCCUUUCACGGGGCGAAGCUGUUAGUGGAUUCAAACUCCAACUCUCUGAGAGAUGAUCUCUCGGAGACGUUUGAGCUGAGCAGCGGGUUGAGGGAUAUCAACUCCGUGGUUGAUAAUGGGGAGACGAAGGAGAUGAAGAAGUCCAGGAGGUGGAGUUGGAGGAUAUGGGGGUUUAUCCAACGACGUGGUGGUGGGAGCAAGGACGAGGAGGAGGAGGAGAAGUACAGUAGGGCGAACGGGGUGGAGAGGUCGCUCUCCGAGUCAUGGCAGGAGACGAGGAGGGAUGGCAACGGAGACGUGAGAGGCGAAUUCAACAGAAAUAUGUUUCGGAGCAACAGCAGUGUGAGCUGGAGAAAUGGCGGCAAUCACAUUGCUAGUGGUAGGAAGUCGAGUGUGGAGAUGUAUGGGAACGGGAAGAAGAGGAGCGAGUUCGUGUUGGAGAAGAAUCGGAGUGGUAGAUAUUCUCCUAAACACAUCGACAAUGGCCUCCUCCGGUUCUACUUGACGCCAAUGAGGGGCAGCCGGAGAGGGGCGAUGGGGAAGAUCAAGCCGACAAACUCGCAGCCGAUUGCAAGAAGUGUGCUGCGCCUCUACUGAGAUGCAAAGGUCCUUCGCCUUGCAUUCCUUGUUGAAAGCUUUUGAUGCAUUUGUUGUGUGAUCACAUAAGGUUACAUAGUUGUUAUUUGCAGUGCAUUUUGAAUCUGUGAUCAGUGACUAUAUUUAAUCCUGUUUGCACUUGUUAUUUGAAUAACAGUUCAUAGUGAAUUUUGAUUA